AUGGAUACUGCUUUCAAGACCUGGGAGCUUGACAACAAUGUCCAACUCGUGGAUCCCAACCGCGACGCCCUCUAUACCUACGACCCCGAAGAACAAAAGGCUAUUCAAAAUGCCAAGCCCUGGAAAACCGAUCCUCACCACUUUAAAAACGUCCGGAUCUCCGCUGUUGCCCUCUUAAAAAUGGUUAUGCACGCCCGGUCAGGUGGUUCUAUCGAAGUCAUGGGAUUGAUGCAAGGAAAAAUCGCAGGCGACACUAUCAUUGUCACAGAUGCAUUCCGUCUACCCGUCGAGGGAACAGAGACUCGAGUCAAUGCUCAGGAUGAGGCAAACGAAUACAUGGUCGAGUAUUUACAACACUGUAGAGAUCAGGGCAAAUUGGAGAAUGCGGUGGGAUGGUAUCACAGUCAUCCAGGCUAUGGAUGUUGGUUGAGUGGUAUCGAUGUUGGAACGCAAGCCACGCAACAAAUGUUCUCAGACCCCUUCCUGGCUGUGGUUAUUGAUCCCGAUCGCACCAUCUCUGCCGGAAAAGUCGAAAUCGGUGCAUUCAGAACCUAUCCCGAUAAUUACAAGCCCACGGAUGCAGGAUCCGGCGAUGGAUAUCAAACCAUCCCCCUUGCGAAGAUUGAAGAUUUUGGCGCACAUAGCAGCAGAUACUACUCUCUAGAAGUCUCACAUUUCAAAAGUUCGUUAGAUUCACAUCUUUUGGAAUUAUUGUGGAACAAAUAUUGGGUUCAAACAUUGAGUCAGAGUCCUUUGUUCACCAACCGCGAAUAUAGCAGCAAGCAGAUGCUUGAUUUGAGCUCCAAGAUCCGACAAGCAAGUUCCGGUAUUAGUCGCAAUGGAAGAACAACUGCCGGAUCAUCGUUGAGUAGGGGAAUGGAUCAACAAUUAGUGAAGGUUGUUAAGGAUAGUAGCAAAAUUGCUGGGGAAGAGAUGACAGGGCUGAAGGCUGGGGAGGUCAAAGCGCAGUUGUUCAAUGGGCUAGGCGCGGCGCCAAAGACUGCAGCUGAUCCUGCUGCUCAAAUUGUUCCAGCUGUUCCAGCGGCGGAAUAA